GCGCAGUGGGCCUGGCCUCGUGCUGUGGGUGGUGCGGUUGCGCGCAGUCGGGCAUGCGGCCUGCGGGCGGAGCGGCUGUUGUUGGUGGAGGCGUUUCCCGAGUCAGCCCGAUUGUAACUUGCCUUAGGUUUCGUUCCUAAGCCGGAGACUCAGGGCAUUGGGAAUUGAGAGGGUUUUGUGGGGGUGCGCGGCUAAAAGGCCCGGCUGCAAGAGGGAGAGGGUCGGGGUUGGUGGGGAGGGGGAGUCACCGUUAGGCACCAUGCCGCGGAAAAAGCCUUUCAGUGUGAAACAGAAGAAAAAACAGCUGCAGGAGCGGCGGGAGAGAAAACGGCAAGGUUUUCCAGAUGGCAUGAGGUCGAGCUCCCACAGCCGGAGUGGGAGCCAUGACCGCCACGAGGAACAGACGGACACAUCGGACAGUGAAUCCUUCACCUUACAAGUGCGCAAAAUCAAUCAGCAGCCGGCAGUGUGGAAAUCGGGAGAGCAGGGAUAUGACCCUAACAGGUUCCGCCUCCAUUUGGAAAAAGAAAGCCGAGAGGAGAUCGAGCGGAGGAAGAAGGUCGUGCAAGAGAAAAUUGUGGAGCUCAUUCCAGAAACUGAACUGGAAGUGGACAUUGUCGACAUUUAUAAGCCAGGCUCUGGUGAGUG